AUGGGAAGCGUAGGGAUUGAGCCAUUUCAGACCACGUUCGCUGUGCCACUCCACUGUGAGUCUUGCGUUAAAGAUGUCACUGGGGCUUUGAACCAACUAGAAGGCAUCCGCAAGAUCGAGUGCAAUCUCGCCGACCAACUCUUUUUUAUUGAAGGGACAGCACCCCCGUCAUCUAUUGUAUCAGCCAUCGAGUCUACCGGACGAGAUGCGAUCUUGCGAGGGAGUGGGAAGGCGGACUCUGCUGGGGUGUGCAUCUUGGAGACGCACGCGAAGGGAGUGUCAGAUCCUGUAAGAGGGCUGGCAAGGAUGGUCCAGGUGUCAGAAAAUCGAACCCUGGUGGACCUGACUUUACGUGGGGUAUCGCCGGGAACUUAUCACGCGACGGUGCGGGAGACGGGAGAUAUCUCACGUGGUGCAGGAUCAACCGGUGGCAUCUGGCAAGCGGUCAAGGCUCUGGGAGGCUUCGAUCAGCCUCGCGGCAUGUUUGGCACCGUCGAAGUUGGCAAAGAUGGCCGCGGCAGUGCCUUUUUGGACCGGCCUGUGUCAAUUUGGGAAAUUAUCGGUCGCAGCAUUGUCGUGUCGAAACAGCGAGAGGGACCGUUUCAGACCGAGGACGCAAACACCCUGGUCGGGGUGAUCGCUCGCAGUGCCGGCGUCUGGGACAAUGACAAGACACAACAAGCUGCGAUUAUUCGGCAGCAGGCUGCAUUGGCCGCCGAAUGA